CGCAGGGUCAUCCAGCCACCGCCGCCGCUGCACAGAAUCCCAAACCCUAGAAAUUGAGCUGCGCUGACUCGUUUGUGCGGAAAACUGUGUCUCAGUGUGGCAUGUCUAGCGCCGGCGGAGGAGGAGGAGAUGGGGCCGUGGUCGAGGAGGAGCUGGUGCACAUGGAGGACGCGGUGAAGCUGCUGGUGGAUCACCUGGUGCGGCCGGUCCUGCCGAGACGCGCCGGCAAGGACGAGCGCCAUAUGACGCUGGAGAAGCAGCGCGCCGUUGCGCAGCAGGUUCACACGGCUGUCAUUCUGUACAACUACUACCACAGGAAGAUGUGUCCCAGGCUUGCUUUCGCUGAUGCCAAGCGGUUUUUCAUUUGCGCUUCUCUUUCUGUUGGAGAAGAUCUGUUCCCAUACUUGUGUAUACUCCAUGCGCGUGAGAACGAUUGUGGACAUGAUGUCGGCUUAUCUGUUACUGAUAGAAAAGGAAUACAAGCUUGUGAGAUUGCUGAACAACUCGAUGUGACUAAAGAUUAUCCAGACAUGGAAUUGUGGCCAAUAGGGAAAGUUGCUGUGCUUCUUCUGGACCAGACGAAGAAAAGAUGUUUGAUUGAGUAUGGUGCUGACACCAAGGGUGUCUGGUCAAUCAUAGAAAAGGAAUAUGAUGCAGCAGCUGGUAUUUCACACAGUACCAACCAGCCAGCAGGCCAGGAAUCGACAAAUACAACAAUCUUUGGUACUUUGGAUGGUCCAUUUAUGCUUCAACAACUGGCAAUAUCAGAGGUGCAGCGUAGAGCAGGUAUGGAUGGCUCGGACUUGCUUGUUCUCAACGAAGAUUUGACAUACUCAUUGAGUAAAGAAAGGACGGCUACCAAGUUGUUCAUUGUGGAAUAUAAGAAAACCACGAAGGGAAAAUUUGUGGAAAUAUCUCUAGAAGAGUUGAUUCGCAGUAUGACUGGUCCAGUAUUUGUAAAUGAUCCGUUCCCGAAAACAACAUCUGUAGUUGAGUACUAUCACAUUCUUCCAUAUAAGGAGAUUUUACAAGGACUCCUCCAGAGGAAAUGGACUGUUAUCCCCCAACAUGGAUUGAACUCUGUGAUUGAUGAAAAAUUGGAAGAGCAAGGCGAGAAUAGCAUGUCGAAGAUGAAAAAACAGACUGCAAAAGUGUCAACUCCAAAGCAAAACAAACGAGCAAUAAAAGCAACUGGUGCCAAUAGCAACCAGAACUCCAGCAUCAGCAACCAAAAGAAAAGUUGCAAAAGAAAAGCUGAAGCCUCCAGGGCUACAGCAGCAGAGGGUCCAGAUGGUGAGAGCCCCAUAACAGAAAAUGAAUCACUUAUUGUUCCUGAUGUCAAAACUUCAGGAUUCGUGACUAAGUCAAUAAAUACAAAAGCAACAACAGUAGUAAGUGGAGGACCUGUAUUCCUACAGUCCGGUGGUCAAGUGGACAAGAACAAAACUCAGAAUGACAACAUGCACCAAGAUGUCUCUCCUCCAAUGGUACCAUGUGCUGAUCCUGUAAUCGAGAACAGUGCUUUGGAACCCCAAAAUAUGGAAAUGACAGAAAAUUCAGGUUGCAUCACAGAGAACAAUAAUGAUCAGAUGUAUGAUUUAUUACGAUUAAUUCGGAAAAUACGGGAUGAAAUUCUUCACAAGGAAUGCAUACUUCAAGAACGCAGUAUUCAAUGUGAUAUGGACAUUCAGACAAUCUUGAAUGAAGGGAAGAUGACACCAAAAGUGCUCUCAACAGGAGACAAAUAUAAGGGAACUUGCUCAAAUAUGAUGGAUGCUGCCAAUUCAUCUGGCUCUGGAGAUGGCGGUCUAACCAUGAGUACAAAGAGGAAGACACUGAAGGAGGCUCUCCACAUACGCAAUAAAUGCCAGGAGCUUGACGAGAUCUGCAAUGUGUGCGAGUGGGUACUCCCAAGAUACACAAUACAUCCUUCAGUGGCAGAUGGAAUGUUCUGCGCCAGUGUACAUCUUACAUGCCCUGAUUUUGACAUGAGCAUCGCUGGCGAUCCUUCUCUGACCCCACGUGAGGCAAGGUGCUCAGCAGCUGUGAAUAUGAUGGUGGAGCUUCACAAGAAGGCAAAGCAUGAUACCUGAUGUUAAGCUGCCUAGUUGGGAGAGCAGGCGGCUAGAACCCAUAGUAGUCAUUACAACUAUGAACCAAACUCAAUGAGAAACGAUUGCUAUUUACCUUCCAGAAGUUGAAUCCUCCUGUCGUUGUUUGUGCGUUUUUUUUUAUUAAGGUCGUGAUAAAUGCAGAAUGUUGUUUUUGAUUUCAUGACGCAGCAGCUGCGGUGUCAAUUUUAUGAUGGUGAUGAACACAGAUUAUCAACAAGUACAUACGCUUUUUCUA